AUGAUAAACGAAUAUAUUGCCAGAAAAGUUGCUCUCAAGGACAUGCAACCAUGCGCGAUCUGUAGCAAACCAUCCACAACAGUUCUUUACAACGCAUCUGGUCCAGAUUGGCUGUACACAUGCGAAAUACAUUUACAAGAUAACCCUCAAUUUGUCAUUCCCCUCUAUAGUACAGAGUAUAACGAAGCUGUAGCCCAAUUAAAACUAGUGAAGGGGAAAAUGGAUGGUUUGGCAUCAGCCCAAAACCAAUUAGGGUCCUGGGAUGGUUGGGUUACUAAAAUCUUCUCCAAGAAAGAAAAGCAGAAGAAGGACGACUCUAAAAGUCCAGAGCCAACUACAACCGAAUCUGCUGAUAUCUCUCCGGAGACUAAGAACGAUGCAGAAAUCUUGUUGGAAACACAGAAACAGUACAGCAAAAUACUUGACAAAGUUACAGAAUUGCAAAAAAAAAGUAGAAAAUACGAGCUGGCAAAAAUCAUGUUUGAAAGCAGAGUCCUAAGAAAACGAACGGAACAACUGAAUCGUGAACGAUACCUAAAGGAACAAGAAAACUACUCUAAUACAGAUCCUGAGGAUCUGCUUCGAAAACACGUGUUUCCCUCUGUUCCAAAAUAG